CACCCCACACACACUCCCUCAGGCUACGUUAUUGUUCCUGCCUAUCAGUGUCAUUUCCACAGGCAGCGCUGGCUGAAAAGGCAGAGAGGAAAGUGAGGCAGGUGAGAGAGGAGUCGAGUCGAGUCGAGGGAGAGAGAGAGGGAGGGAGGACAGGAACUUAAAGAGCAGAAAACGACCAAGCCUGAGGAACCCUGACUGCACUGCUACACCUGUAGAUCCACACAGGGCUUCAGAUCCUCAGAGUAUGCCAUCCCCUCCCGCUAGAGGAUAAACCAGGUGGAGGUGGAGGACUGAACACCUGAGCACGCUGCACAUAGCCAGUUGAACUUCAGAAAACUGCAAACAAGAGGUUGCACCAGCCAACCAAGAUGGACUCUGGCCCGACGGUGUGGCACACCCAGGUGGCUCCUCUGGAGAUGGACGUGGAGAAGGGCCCUGAGCUGCAGUGCUCCAUUUGCUUCAACACUUACGACAAUGUCUUCAAAACACCCAAGCAGCUAGACUGCACCCACACCUUCUGCCUGGAGUGUCUGUCUCGCCUCAUGGCCAUCUCCAUGGACCCUCAGGAGACAAAGAUCUCCUGCCCAUUCUGCCGGCGCCCCACGCCCAUCCCCAAGAACGGCCCCCCAGCCCUCACCACCAGCCAGGAGGUGCUGUGCCGCCUACCCAGCCACCAGCAGCAUGAGGAGCCUGUGUGGUUAGACGGUGAGAAACUGUGCUACAAGCAGCCGUUAGAUACCGGAAAGGCAGCCUUCUGCAUCUGCGUUGACAUCGGAGCAAAUGGGCAGGCUGGGGUCCCUCCUGUCCAAACUCGCUCGAGACCAGGCCUUCUGGAACGUCUGACGGACUGGAGGAAGCUGCUGCUCUUCAUCGUCAUCAUGGUUCUGCUGGUGGUGAUCGUGCUUUGGCCCUUGCAGUGUAUUGUAACAACUGGCUCCAUGCGGUGUGUACCUCGGGCUCCACGGCCCUCGCCCAGCACGGUGGCCCCUUUCACAGUGAAUGAUCCAUGAUGGAACCAAAGGAACAUCACAUCAAGGACAUUCUGAUGGUGACCAACACACUAAAACUGCUUGAAAUCAUAGACAAGUAUAAACUGAGGGUAUUACCAAGAAAAAAGUGUUGGUGCUAAGUUCUAAAAGCAUCUAAAAGAAGGUAUUUGAGGUAUUUUCUGGAGAUCCUAAGCUGUGAUGAAACAAUAUGGUGGUAGACCAUGUCACGUUUGUGGUUGUUGUAUUGUACUGGCUACUGAUACACAACAACUUUCCCAUCAUGAGACACUCUAUAGCAGAGGACCUACCAAAUAUUGUAAACUGGAUUUAUAGUCCAGAUCUGAAGACUACUUCUCUAUACAAAUCCAGUGGAGAGGUCCAAUGGUUUUUCUGGGGUCUUGUUAGUCCAUAGAAACAUGAGGAUCAUAUUCAUCAUCUUGAGAAAGCUUCUCAAGAACAGACAGGGCUUAAACCAACUGGAACAAGCUACCAGGAUGCACUGCCACCUCCACAGCACACUGGACUUGACUGGAUUGAGUUGAUUGAUUGUAUAGAACAGAUACAAUAAUUUUUAGUGUCCCAAAGUCUAGGUGAGAUGCAUUUCUUGGCUGCUAAGUCAUAGACCCCUGUUCCGAAGUGAAGGACCCAUCAGAUAGGAGCUGACAUUACGAGCAAUUUUGAGGGUGCAACUGAUGUAUCCUUCCUGAUCCUCAAUGUAACCCACAAUUAUUUGCACUUCUACAGCAUGAAGGGAAAAAACUGCAGUGGCAAGCACUGGGUGCAAGGCAGAAAACUCACUAGGCAUGGCCAGACAGACUAAUAAAGGACCUUCCACCCUACCUAAGAAGGACACUGAGAAGGUGGCCUAAGAAUCAUUCAAACCUAAGAUGUACACACCAAUGACGACCAAAAAUUUUGCACUUUUCAAAAGUAUUCACGCUCCUUUCUUAAUGAAUCAUACUUGACAUCAUCUUGAUUUUUAAACAAAUGAAUAUACCAAGGUUUUCUGGUAGCUGAGCAAUGAUUUCUGGACAUUUUUAGAAAUAUAGUAGCUACAGUAUUCAGCAGGUGGCUCUUGCCUACGCCAACAUCUAUUAAAAAGUUAUAUUAACUUUUUAAUUGCUACUCUAUGAAUGUCUUACCAUGCAGUUAUUUUUGUUUGUUUUAUAAAACAUUGCGAUGAUCCCCUUUUUUACGGUAUGUACGUAUGUACUUGUGUGUGUAUAUAUAUAUAGUGUAUUUGGCUGCUCUGUGUACGAUGGAACACAUUAUAUUUUGUUUACAAAAAAUAAAAGCUGAGUAAACACUAAA